AUUCUUGAAGAUCAAAGUUGCGGAAAGUGUUCAAAUUGUGUUAUCACUGUUAUCAGUCACUUAGUGUUGAUUGUAGAACAUUUUCCGCAACUUUGAUCUUCAAGAAUUUUUGAACGGUAGAAGGUAGAGCUUUCGGUAAAGACCCAUUUAAAAAAGGAUAAAAUAACGAACGUUUUGCUGUAUUAAUAUACCUAUGUGUUCGUUGAAAAUUUUGAGUAAUUCUAGUUCAAAGUUCAAUACUUACCAUCCGCGGUUGGUUUUUGCAUUGUUUUCGCAACUUUAAACUUCUACAACUUUUGAACGGUUGCAUGUAGAGCUUUCGAUAAACGCCCAUUUUAAAGACGAUGAAAUUACGAACAUUUUGAUACAUUAAAAUACCUGUGUGUUCACUGAAGAUUUUGAGUAUUUUUAGUUUAAAAUUGACACAUAUAGUAUGAAAAAAUCGGGUAAUAGAAGUAUUCAUAAAAUCGUCAAUUUUUCGCGAAAUAACAAAAAUUUAACAUCAAUCGAUAGGAAAUUUCAUUGUCUUUAGCUUGAAACUACUUAAAAAUUCACCUGAACCCGCGAACAAUCGAAAAAAUUGCAUUUUUUACUCGUAAGAUUGUAUACAUACAUACGCUCUGAUGUUGUUUACAUCCGUUGUGUCGAACCAAAAUGGCGUAUGCGUAUACUUCCCUAAUCUAGAACUUUAAUCAAUUUGAUACGCCGAUAAAUUUUGAAUUUUGAAUUUUUUAUGUUUCAAGUGUUCGUAUUCGUGAAAAAAAUGUUUUUUGAAGACCCAAGUUUAUGAGGAAAAACAUGCGUUUUGUAAAAAACAAACGAGUGUGUUUUGAUUUUCUCAGAACACGAUUUUUUCUUACUAAUGAUGGUACAAAUAAGUGCACGGAAACAUAUUUCAAACCUUACAAUUUCUCUUAUGGUAAGACUUAUUGUACUCCGCAUCCGAUAAUUUUGAGAAAUAGUGCCUUGGCCAGGUAUGUCGACGAAUUCAGAAAAGAUUUUGAAGCCCAUCAAGGAGGAAAGUUUCGAGGAAUGAAGAGAAAUGUUGCGCAGAGGAAAGUUGAAAUUGUUAAUUCAUUGAUGAGCGAAUGGAGUUCAGCCUACGAUAAUAUCAAUUCAUUGCAAGAAUUGCAUUCAGAUAAUGUGAAGGAUGAAGCUUUUCUGAAAUCUUUGGACAAAGAACUCGAGCAACAGAAACAAAUUAUGGAGAAUGCUGAAGAUGCGAUGCUCACGGAGCUAAUACCUGAAGAUGAAAACGAAUCUUGUAAUGAAGUAAUCGUUGAAGUGACUGCUGGUGUUGGUGGACAAGAAGCCAUGUUAUUUGCUCAGAAUUUGUACGAACUAUAUUGUUCUUACGUAGAAUUUAAAAAAUGGAAUUGCGAAUUGACUGAUCUAGAGAGAACAGAUCUGGGAGGGGUAAGGCACUCAUCUUUGUUGGUAUCAGGCCCCGAAUGUUAUAAAUUUUUUCGCUUAGAAGGAGGCGUUCAUAGAGUACAAAGGAUCCCGAAAACUGAAAAAAAUAGCAGAAUGCAUACCAGCACAGCUACAGUUGCUAUUCUUCCUCAGCCAUCCGAAAUAGAUAUAGUUAUAGAUGACAAAGAUUUGAAAAUUGAGACUAAAACUGCACGAGGUCCUGGAGGUCAACAUGUCAAUAAAAUUGAAACAGCUGUUCGCAUUCAUCAUAUACCUACAGGUAUUAUUGUUGAUUGUCAAGUUCAUAAAUCGCAAUAUCAAAAUAAGAAAAUCGCUAUGCAAAAAUUGCGUUCCAAGUUGUAUAGUAUAGAAUUGGAGAAAACCGGUUGCGAAGUACGAAAUCUGCGAAAAUGUCAAAUUGGUACAAAAUCUCGCAAUGAAAAAGUACGAACAUAUAAUUUCAGCCAAGGUCGUAUAACUGACCAUCGAUUUAAUUUAAGUGUUUAUAAUUUAGAGAGAUAUUUUGAAGGGAACGAUUAUUUUGAUGAUUUUUUGCAUUCUCUUCUAGAAAUACAUGCUAAACAGAAUAAAAAAGAAUUUCUGGAUAUGUUGAAGUCUGCGUAUGCAUAAAAAAUAAAGUUUUCUUGUGAAGUGCAGUUAUAACUACAA